GGAUUCAGAUGUUCGAGAUAAUUCACAUAUGCAGGACAAUGACACCUCCAAGGAUUACAGACAGGAUUUAGACACUAUUUUAGAAGAAAGCAAAGCUGUAACCCAUCAAGAAUUACCAAUCAUGGAAAAUGAACCAAAAGACGAUCUGCCCAUUGAGGAGGAGAAAUCAGUGGAUUCAGAAUUUGAUGAUGUUGAAAAGACAGCAGAUGACAACAUGCUGAAGCAAUACCAGGACAAUUCAGCCAGAGAUAUAAAAAACAGUAUGACUAAGCACAGUCAACUAGAAUUACCUGUUGAGGGAACAAAGCUAUGUGAAGCCCUAUCCAUAGAGAAACAGGACAAAAAGCAAUCAAAACACACAGAGACAGAAGACAAGGGGGAGGAGGAGGAGAAAGAAGAAUUGCUUGAAGAUGAAAAUGCCAUUUUUUCCACACAGUCGCACACAUCACACCCAGAUACUGACAAACCCUCGCUUGAAACAACUCAGCCAACCACAGAGCCAGAAUACAGUGACAGCGUACUGAGACUGACUCUGCUGCGAGACCACUUUACCGAAGAGGAUAUGAUCCGGCUGCAGAAGUUUUUAGGCCUCAAGAAUCUCUUCAAAGUGGAGGCCAUGUUCUCCAGUAUGGAUGCUGAGUUGCAGGCUGCCCGUCUCUCACAUUCGGGCACUACCGAGGACAUGGAAAAGGCACUUGAGGACAUUUUGGAAACCUCAGAGAACUCUAUCCUGGAUGAGAUUGAGAAAAUCCUGGAUGGCCGAGAUCUAAAACAUGGCAAUGCCCAAGAAGUGGACACAAGUGUGUUUGAUGAAGAAGCUGAAAUACUGGACAACUUCCAGGAGCUUGCUUUCAGCCUACGGCACAAGCACUCAGCAGCCAGUGAUAGCACACCUUUGGUAACAGACAGAGCAUCAAAUGUUGACCCAGACGAGAUGGACCAGCACACAGUUGAGGAAAAAGAUAAUGAUGCCCUUCUGGAGCCUGAGAGCGAUGACAACCUCACAGCAACAGAUGCGCAGGACAGGCCACCAGCAGAGGAAAAGGAGCAUGUCAUGGUGGAUGACGUGCACAGAGGACCAGAUGUCAGCGUGAAGGAAGAUGGAGGGCACUUUAACAAAAACAAAGACAAUCAGCCAAGUUUCAGUGCACCAGAAGAAAUGCAGAAGGUCCCUCAAGCCACUCUGGAAAAUCCCUUUGACAUGGGUCUCGGUGUCGAGGUGGAGCACUCAUCCUCAGGAUCGCCGGACUCAAUGGAACCAGUGUCUGAUUUUCAUGAAGAAGUGGGUGUAUUCUCCAUCGGAAUGGUGUACAUAGUCUGCAUCCUUUCCAUGAUCAAGACUAAAACUGCAGAGUGGGCUACUGUGAUGAUUUCCCUCCUGCCAGAUGAGUGGAAGCCAGGAGAAACCUUGUUUGGCUGUCCUUGGCAAGCUGUUAUCAUCACUGCAUUGGUUGGAGUUUUCACCUUCACCCUCUUCUUUUGGAGGACUAUAUUGGCAGUAAAGGGGAGACAGUAUCUUGUGGAUGAAAAGGGGCUCAAGGACCAAAUCCAGGCACUGAAAAAAGAAAAGAACAAUGCCACCUUAAAGAUGUCUGAACUCCAGAAACAAACAGAAGAACUGAAAGAAAAGCAAAAACAGUCAGAGGAAACAACCAGUUGUGCCUUGAAACGGAACCAAGAUCUAGAGAUAAAGGUUUUGGAGGCAGAAGCACAGCAUGAACAGAUUAAGGAGGAAAAGAAUGCGAUUGCCAAACUCCUAGAUGAAGAGAGGGCAGGUUCUCUCAAAAAUGAAACACGGAUUGAGAAACUGGAGAAGGCCAAUGAGAAGCUACAGCUCAGCAGGAAGAAGACACAGGAAGCGCUUGCAAAGACCACUGUUCUCCUUGACGAGGCCAAGAUUCGUGAGGAUGCACGCAACGUCCAGCAUAAAUGUCUGGAGAAGGAUUAUGCAGCACUAAAAGAAGACAACAAAAAGCUCAAAGCUACCAUUAAGGAAUGGGAGGACAAACAUAAGGAAAUGAGCGAGCAGAUUAAAGUCUACCAAAAGUCCCAGAAAGAGCUGGAAGACUCUGUUGUUCUUAAAGAUCACAAUGUGGAGGUGCUGUCUGAACUACUGGCAGACCUAGAUGCUUGUGAUUUGCAAAAAAGUGACAACAAAGGUUUGGCUAAUGGUGAAGUAGUCACAGAUAAGAAGACUGCCAUAAAGAACAGGAUUAAACAGAUGAUGGAUGUUUCCCGAGUCCAGACCACUCUGUCAGUGGUAGAGGAAGAGCGUGAUCGCUUCAUGACCAAACUACUGAAUGAGGAAAAGGCUAGAAAAGCACUGGAGGAUCAACAUCGAGAGCUUGAGCAUGCCAUUGGAACACUUAAAAGUGAGAAAAGCCAUGUUGAAAACCAAUUCAAGAUUCUUCAGCAGAAAAAUGAAAUCAUGACGGAGAUGUACCAACAGAAGGAAAAUGCUUUGCAGCAGAGAUUAACCAAGGAGGAGCUGGAGCGCCGCAGCAAAGAGAAUCUGCUCUCUGAGGUGGGCGGAAAAGCUCUAGAGGCUGAGGAGCAGGUCAAAAUCUUAAGGCAACGCAUUAAUGAAAUGGAGGAGCAGAUGAAGAAGACUGAGGAGGUCUAUAAAGAGCAGAUAAAAGAGCAGGAAAAUAAAACUCAUUCAAAUUGGGUGAACGCUCGAAAUGCUGAGCGAGCUCUGAAUCAAGAGAAGGUUGAAACAUCAAAGCUCCGUGAAAAACUGGCUGUACUGACCUCCCAGCUAAACGAGCGCCGUGCUCCUCUCUUCAGACCCAACUCAGGACAGCCUGUGGGUCCUCGUCAAGGUGAUUCAUAUGGGCCCUCUCCUGUGAGUGGGGGUGCACCAUCCCCUCCUAUAAUGAUAGAGGGUCCUAGGCGCCCCCCCUCUGCCCCUGUGGGGCGAAGAAUUGACCCGUAUGGACCACGGCCUCCAUCAGACCCACAUGGUCGUUACGCUGACAACAAACACACAUCUGGGAUCGACAUGAUGGCGCCUCGCACCUCAUCACCUUCCAGUAUGGAUGUAUCUACAGCACCAGUAGAUUCACAGGCAAAAGCAGAGACACAGGCUGAGACCUCCACUGAGAGUCCAGAGCCAGGCCCUGGUUCUUUCUUAGCUUCCCCCAUUAGGGACUCGCCUGCUUCCAUGGUGCAAGGAUCUGCCCCUGGUACUCAGGGCAACCCAGCUGCAGGACCCCAUGACCAUCUCCCGCCUCCUGGACCUCAUGGCCGUCUGCCACCUCCUGGACCUCACAGACCUCCACGGCCUGGCCCGGGACCCCACAGUCAUCUCUACCACCCCCCAGCUGGAAUGACAGGGCCACAUGGGCCCCCUCCUCCCAAUGCACCUCCUCACGGGCCACCAUUACCAACCAAUGGACACCCAGGAAUGCCCCCAAUUGGACCGAUGGGAGGAGAGUUUGGACCUCGUCCAGCCAAUGGACAUGCUUUCCGCCCCAGGCCAGGCCCUGGCCAUGCCAUCGAUCCUCGGGGUCCACCACCUGCACACUUCCGUCCCCCUCCACCUCAUCAUUUUGGACCGAUGCCUCCACCACAUGGUGCCCGUGGCCCCUUGGGACCACGUCCACCCUUCCCUCCUGAUGUGCGCUUCCCAGGACCACGUGAUCACACCUAUCCACCAGCGCACCUGCCUCCAGGAGGCGUUGCACCCCAUCCUCCUCAUGGCGAUGCUUAUGUUCAGUCUCCACCUGAUGCUCCCCAAAACUCUGUGGGAGGGCACAGCGGCCCCGGACAGGGCCAGGACUUAUCCAUGAAGCAAGGGCCAGCCCCUCAGGACUCAGUCAGGCCUGCAAUGGCCGAGCCUUAAAAACACCACUUACUCUGGCAGAGGACUUGAACAGCCCAGCAUCCCUAAUCCACCACAUUAACAACCCAGAUGCAACCCAAGCAAUUUAUGAUUAUUUUUUUCAUAUUUCAAUUAAAGAAAAAAAAACUGCAAUGAAAGUUAAUUAAAGAUCAUGUCCUUACAUUAACACAUAAAUCAUUUGUGUCUGAAAUUGAUAUGGUGAAGAGUAUAGUGAGGGAUGCCACUUUGCAAAACCGCUUAUUGUGCAAUAACAAUUCUAUGAUAUGCCUGAGGAUUUUCAAUUCUUUUUAGGUUUUGAAAAAUAGCAAUGAUUUUUAAGGGUAAAGUUUUUUUUUAAUGUCAUUUCCUGUGGAAAUUAUUUUAAAAUGGAGGAAGGUUUGGAUUCUAGCAUUUCAGGAUUACCAUAUCUGCCCAUUCUCCCAAAGCUGUUGCUUCAGAAUGGACUGUAAAGGAAAUGUGUAAUUUGAUGGCCAGAUGUAUAACUUAUUUUACUAUGUUGGUAGAAAUUUUAAUAAUAAAGAUCGUAAAAGAUAA